CGCUUGCACGCGGUACGUGCAUCAGAGCAGUGCACGGAUUUAUAGACAUAACAAGACAACGCACUUGAUAGCUGCGUCACUGUCUCAUGCACACGUUGGUUUAAGGUGGAACGCAGGUCAUUCACUGCUACACCGACAGAGUCAGCGUGUGAUCCAUUAAACAGUGAGCUCGCGACCUUCCAUUAGCACGGUGGCUACGCCUAUUAUAGCAAAAUAGCGCUUCAUUCAGCUUGCUGCCUACCGCAGUAGAUACAUCUCUCGACUCGCGUCGCAUCUACAGCCAUCAUCACUCGCGCCGAACUUAAAAACGCCGGGCGAGAGCAACCUGCCACUCUGCUAGUUUCUGCGAUCUGUGCCCAGAGACGGCGAUGUAUUAUCAGCUGUCAUUGCUACUGCUGGCGGUGACGCCGCUUGUCGUCGGCGCAUUCCCGGACGCUUGCUACGUCGGAUGCCGCUGCAUCGUACACACGGUCACCUGCCACCGGCUGCUCAACAGUUCGGCGUUUACCGCCGCGAUGAGCGCACUGCCGGCCGAAACCGAGUUUAUAAAGAUCAGCGGCAGCAACGCGUCCGACGUCACCGAGGUGCCGAUGUUCAACGACUUCAGAGCACUGCGACGGCUCGACUGGAGCGGCAGCAACGUGACGGCGCUCGGCGUGUUCACCUUCAGCAGCAUGUGGAACCUCGAGGAGAUGACGCUGAGCGACAACGCCAUCGCAGUGUUCGCGACGAACCAGUUCCAAUCGAUGCCCAAGCUGCGCUACCUGCUGCUGCAGCACGCCUUCGCCGCCUACGACCCGCGCGUCUUCGCCGGCGCGUGGCUGGCCGACCUGCGCGUGCUAGACCUCUCCGAGAAUCGCAUCGACGAGCUGAACAGUACGGCCGGCUUCUUCGGCUGCGGCAUGGCGCAGCUCGCCGAGCUGAAUCUCGCGCGCAACCGCCUGCACGCGCUCUCCGUGCCCGCGCACUGCCUCGCCAGCGUGCGGCUGCUCAACUUGUCCGCCAACCACAUUCACGCGCUCGGCGACGACGACCGAAGCACGCUCGCCGGCCUCGACGCGACGCUCGACCUCACCGGCAAUCCGUUUGUCUGCUCGUGCGCCAACGCCGAGUUCGUGCGCUGGAUGCAGAACGGCACACGUCGCUCGACGCUCGCUCGCGGCAGCAUGGUCUGCGGCGCCGGCUCGGCACAUGCGCUCGAAGGUGCCGACUUACUCGCGGUCGACGUCGACGAGUUGGGCUGCGGUGCCCAAACCCAAACUGCGGUGCGAGCGAGGUCGACUUGGAACGUGCUGGGCAUCAUCGCGGUCGUCGGUGUCUCCGUGUUGAUUCUCAGCCUCCUCGUCUACACGUAUCGCUGGCGCAUAGCAAACGCGACGCUGACGGCGCUGUCGCCGAUGCGCAAGAAACACUACAGAAAGCUCGAGUUGGUCGACGAGGAGCGUGCGAGAGAGGUGGUCGAGUUUGAGGUGUAGCAACGAAGUAGCGCUACGACAUUGGACGCAGCCUUGGGUGGCUGCGAGAAAGAGUGAGAGAAAGAGAGAGAGAGAGAGAGAGAGAGAGAG